AUGGGUCGUCUUCACAGCAACGGAAAGGGCAUAUCAGCCUCCGCCAUCCCCUACUCGCGCACUCCCCCGGCGUGGCUCAAGACCACCCCCGAGCAGGUCGUCGAGCAGAUCUGCAAGCUCGCCAGGAAGGGCGCGACUCCCUCCCAGAUUGGUGAGGUCCUUCGUGACUCCCACGGUAUCGCCCAGACCAAGAUCGUCACCGGUAACAAGGUCCUGCGAAUCCUCAAGUCGAACGGUCUCGCCCCUGAGAUCCCCGAGGAUCUUUACAUGCUCAUCAAGAAGGCUGUUGCCGUCCGCAAGCACCUUCAGACCAACCGCAAGGACAGGGACUCCAAGUUCCGUCUUAUUCUCAUCGAGUCCCGUAUCCACCGUCUCUCCCGCUACUACAAGACCGUCGGUGUCCUGCCCCCUACCUGGAGGUACGAGAGCGCCACUGCCUCUACCCUUGUCGCAUAA